AGAUUAUUGUCAAUGUCAAAACGAUCGCUUGACUGCUUGAACUCGAAAUUGCAGCCGUUUGAUUUAGUGCAGAUUGUUAUAGUUACUGAUCUUAGAUUUGUAAUGAGUGAUACUUUAUUUUUCUAAUUACUAUUGUUGGGACUUACCACAUUUGACAGCAAUGUUUUCUACGAGCUCGCAGAGAAAGUUCUGGACGUUUAGUGACGAAAGUGAGCUAGCUCGUCUACGCGAAAAGCAGAACUUGGAAUACAUCGCAAAACAUGGUGCGCACAUUGACGAGUUCCAAAGAUAUAAUUUCUUUUUGGCUCCUGACGAAGAACGGCUGCUGUUGCGACAAUACGACUUAUUUUUAAAAGAAUUCUGUAAGAAGUUCUGUCCGCCUAUGCCUAAAGGAGUGAUCGGUACUGCGUUCCACUAUUUUAAAAGGUUUUACCUGUAUAAUUCCACUAUGGAUUACCACCCGAAAGAAAUACUCGCUACAUGUGUAUAUUUAUCUUGUAAAGUUGAGGAAUUCAAUGUGUCUAUUGGUCAGUUUGUUGCUAAUCUCAGAGGGGACCGUGAGAAAGCAUCUGACAUCAUACUAAAUUUGGAAUUACUUCUUAUGCAGCAGUUGAACUACCACUUGAUAAUACACAAUCCGUUCAGACCUGUUGAGGGUUUCCUUAUUGAUAUUAAAACACGAUGCACACUUGCAAAUCCAGAACGCCUUAGGACAGGUAUUGAUGAAUUCCUUGAAAAGGUAUUCUUGACUGAUGCAUGCCUGUUGUACGCUCCAUCGCAGAUAGCCUUAGCAGCUGUGUUGCAUGCGGCGAGCAAGGAGCAGGAGAACCUAGAUAGUUAUGUUACUGAUAUGUUGUUCAGAGAAGCAGGGCCAGAUAAGUUGGCCAUCUUGAUUGAAGCCGUGAGGAAAAUUCGGUCACUGGUGAAGAUGGUGGAGACACCUGCAAGGGAGAAAGUUAGAGCCAUUGAGAAGAAAUUAGACCGGUGUCGCAAUCAGGAGAACAAUCCAGAUAGUGAAGUUUAUAAGCGCCGGAUGAGAGAAGCAAUUGAUGAUGAUGUUCCCCACCCUGGCCCCAGCAGAAUGUCCCUCGACACCAGUGGAGUCAAUCAGAUGAUGUUACCAUCAGCGUCCUAGCCCUUCUUUUUCUAAUGCUCAAGUGUAUCCUGUUUCUAAGGGUAUAGGUGCUGGUUCUGUCCAUUCAACUACUUGCUGGGAGUUGCUUAUUCAAAUGGUAACAACAUUGUGCAGUGAAAUAUGUGUACAUUAAAUAUUUGAAUGGGCAAAGCCGAAUGAAAUUCCAUGUUGAGAGAAUUGACUUGAGCAUAUGGAACAAAUUGUCAUAACAUUUGCCAGCGGCCUGGCCGGUGUGGUUUACUUACCUCUAAGGGACUCUUAAGAUGACUCCUUUCUGGUACUUGGAAUUAUCAAGUUAUUGACUUUUAAUAUUAGUUAAUUUACAUUUUGACCAUUGUAUACAUAUAUCUGAUAAAUUAUAAAUUAAGCUAACUUUAUAUGAUAAACAAUAUUGACAUAAACCAAGUACUAGGGACCUUACAUACUAUUUUAUAAACAUUAUUAUGAGAUGUGAAGUUUUAGUAGCAAUUUUAUAUUAUGUACAAAGUUGUUAUGCAUAGGUUAAUGAAGUUAUAGUUAUCGAUUUUAACUUUGUAUGUGUAUAGCGAAUAAUUACUGGAUAAACAAUCUCUUUCCCCAACGUGCUGACUCAAGUAAUGUGACAAAUAUCAAUUAGGGUAUUUGACUGGUUCAGAAAUGAAUUACAAAAUUCUAAUCUAGAAAUAAAAGUCUAAUGUGAUCAAAAAUCAAUCUGAUUUUACUUUUAGACUUAUUUCGGAAUUUUAUUUAUGAAUUAGGUAACAAUAAAUAUGACAUUUGACUGUUUUUAUUGAUGAUGUCACAGUACAGUAUUUCCAUACAAACUCCAAAAGCAACUUUGGUUUUGAUGUUUCAUAAAAAGUAUCUCAUUUGACUAGGCUAUCAAGUAGCCUAUUGACAUGGAAAUAUCUAUAUCAUGUGGAUGCAUUUUGUUCAUUUUAUGUACCAAGUCUUAUGGUGUAGGUAGGGGGCAGUAAUUUUGUAUGCACUAUACGUAAUUUUUUCAAUGUUUGUAUUACAUAAAUGGCUAAAUGAAUAAUAGUAUAUAACAAUAUAAAGUAUUUUCUUUUCUCUUCUUUUUUCCAUUUUAUUAAACGAGACAUUACUCAGUUAUAAGUAUGAGGAAUAAAGUAAGGUGGAAACUCGAGUCUUCUUUUGAUGUUCUAGCUGCUUCAAUUCUUCAAGAAAUCUUCUUCAAACAAACUGUAAUAAGAAAUGCUUGUAAAUUAAAUCGUUUGCAACUUAACAUCUCUUGUGGUCCUAGAGAAAUCCUCUGUGGUAGUUUUCUAUGUCAAAAAUAAAUGAUAAAAGUUGACUACUCAAUUAGCUACAGAUCUAACACGAAUAAAAAAUAUUUUCUUUUU